AUGAUCAAGACAGGUGUCGCUUCCGCCCUGCUGCAGCGAACUGCCUUUACCCUCGCCACAACCACCAUCGCCACAACCGCCAUCACCAACACGAACAGCGGCAGCAACGCCAACAACACGGCCGUCAAAAUGCCCGCCUCCGACGGCGCCGUUCGCGUCCAGCAACCGCCUGCCGCCAACGACGGCCCCCUCCAGCAGAAGCCCCAGGCGCCGCCGACGAUAUACUUUCCCCUGGGCUACAAGGAAGCCGCCUACCAAUGGUUACUGACGCGGCGUCUGGGAAUCCAGUGGACGAGCGUCACGCCUGCCAUGGCCGAGCGCAAGGUCCUUUCCUUCAUCCCCCACCUCCGCGAGGCCGUCGACAGCGUCACCGCCGCCUCCCCCGCCCCCGCCCCGGCCGACAACUCGAUCAAGCCUGAUCCCUUCGGCACCCGUGUCUGGCGCCGCUCCCUCGUCAAGCUCUCGGGAAAGAACCGGGCCCUCAACGAGGUGUGCGUCGAGCGUGUCGGCGAGGACGAGGACGAGACCCUCGUCAUGGUUCACGGCUACGGCGCCGGCCUCGGCUUUUUCUACAAGAACCUCGAGCCCAUCUCGCGCCUCCCGGGCCUCAAGCUCUACGCCCUCGACAUGCUUGGCAUGGGCAACUCGACCCGCCCACCCUUCAAGAUCCGCGCCAAGGGGAAGGAGCAGCAGGUGAUCGAGGCCGAGAACUUCUUCGUCGACGCCCUCGAGGAGUGGCGCAAGGCGAGGAAGAUUGAGCGCUUCACCCUGCUCGGCCAUUCGCUCGGCGGCUACCUCGCCGUCUCGUACGCCAUCAAGUAUCCCGGUCACCUGAAGAAGCUGAUACUGGCCUCGCCCGUCGGCAUCCCCGAGGACCCGUACGCCGUCAACGCCUCCAUGCCCGAUCCGAAGGAGUCGUCGACGCAGCAGGACGACUUCGCCCAAGACCAGCAAGCCCUCACCGAAACCAAAACCCCCCCAACGGCCGCUGCCUCAGUCGGCCGAACGGCGAAGGAGGCGACCCCGACUGCGCCGAGGCGGCCGCUGCCCAGCUGGCUUGUCUGGCUCUGGGACGCCAACGUCUCGCCAUUUAGCAUCGUUCGCCUCACCGGUCCGCUAGGGCCGCGCCUAAUUUCCGGCUGGAGCUCGCGCCGCUUCAACCACCUCCCACCCAACGAGGCACAGGCCCUCCACGACUACUCCUUUUCCAUCUUCAAGCAGAAGGGCAGCGGCGAAUACGCGCUGGCCUACAUCCUCGCCCCCGGUGCCUACGCUCGCCGGCCCGUCAUCAACCGCAUUCACCACGUCGGCCGACAGACCCUGCCGGCCCCACCCGACGCCCUCCCGUCCGACGCCGCAGUCAAGGAAACCGGCAUCCCCAUCGUCUUCCUCUACGGCGAGAACGACUGGAUGGACGUCGCCGGCGGGCUUGCCGCCGAGCAGAAGCUCAAGGACGCCAGGAGGCAGGCCCUGCUUGGUGCCACCGACGAGCAGCGGCGCAAUGAGGCCGGCAGCGCAAGGGUCACCGUCAUCCCCAAGGCUGGUCACAACCUCCAUCUCGACAACCCCGAUGACUUCAACAGAAUGGUCACUGAGGAGAUGGAGGCAACCAUGGCCGUCGAGAGGCGCCGCCCCAGAUGA